GGACGAAAUUACGCGAAACCCACAUUGUACCCAUUGCAUGCAUGAAACAAGUCCAGGUUAUUUCAGCUUAUUUUUUGAAAGAUGGCUAACUCCUGUCGCAGUAAAGCCUUGGACUUCUUCAUGAUCAUUGGACAGCUAAAGAAAAUCAAGCGAACUGGCUGGGUCUAUAGAAAAGUACCGGACCCAGAGCGUGUGGCUGGUCAUAUGUAUCGGAUGGCCAUAAUGUCUUUUCUUCUGGAAGAUAAAACUUUAAAUAGAGAUAGGUGCCUGAAGCUCUCGUUAGUUCAUGAUAUGGCAGAGAGUAUUGUUGGUGAUAUUGCACCUGAUGAUGGCAUCUCUAAAGAGGAGAAAUACAGAAGAGAAAAGGAAGCACUGGAUAAACUGCAGGGCCUAGUCAGUGAAGAGGUUGGAACAGAAAUUGGCAGUUUAUGGGAGGAAUAUACAAAUCAAGCCACACCUGAAGCAAAAGCCGUGAAAGACUUUGAUCGAUUUGACAUGAUUCUUCAGGCUCAUGAGUACGAACAGGAUGAACCAGAGAGAGGAGCUUAUCUCCAGGAAUUCUUUGAUUCCACCCAAGGUAAAUUCCAGACGCCUCAAGUCGUUGAGUGGACAGAGGAAUUAUACAAGCGUAGAAACAAUACAGCAGAGGAAAAGAGCGAAUUGCAAUCAUGACUGAGGCAUUUUCUGUAAAU